AUGAGUGAACCCCACAACAAUGACGAUUUCCUGGACAACUGGAUCAAAACCCAAGCCAUCAAGUACGCGUUCAACGAGAAAACGAAGGGCUUCGUCGGGAAGAAAAUCAUUCGGGAACGCCUUGUCAGCACAAUCCCACGAGAGUUCAUUGCACGAGGCAUUACAAAGGACAGAGUGGGCAUCCGACUUACCGAAAUGUUGGCGAGCGAUUUGACUCAAGAAUUGGUUCGGGAAUGUGACGAAAAACGUAUCAAAUCCAACGAAUUUGAUUCCAAUGCUUUAGCAGCUAGCGGUUCAUCACAAUAUAAUCGUUACGGCAGUGAUGACGGUUUGCAAAACGGCAAGAAGCCGAAAACCACAACGGUUGGUGCUGAAGUUAAGGGCGACAUGCAUAGGGGAGUAGAAGUCUCGACAACCGCACCAAGCCCUACCCUUUCAGUUGCCAGUGUCGGUCUUGUUACUGCAGAAUUUGUGCCAGGAAAGCUCAAGUACUGUCUUAAGUCUUCCACAAUGCACGCCGCAGCCCAAAAGCCAAAUGAUAGAUUUUCUCAAGGAGGGAGUUCGACCCCUGCAAGUCCAGCCUCAUCAAUUGCCCCACCAGUGGUUCCACCAGGAAAGCCCAAGUCCUGUCUUAAGUCUUCCACAAUGCACGCCGCAGCCCAAAAGCCAAAUGAUAUAUUUUCUCGAGGAGGGAGUUCGUCCCCUGCAAGUAGAAGUCCAGCCUCAUCAAUUGCCCCAGCGGUGGUUCCACCAUUACCUUCAGACCCCGAAAUUCCGUCUCUGCCUUUCAAGCAACAACAUCGGAUUCUUACCACUCUACAAAGCAUUCUCGAAUGUGCCUACUAUGAUUUUGCGCGAAAGCAUUAUCCCAACUUGCUUGUUCGGAAACAUUGGGACUGCCCUGAAGCAGGUGAAAUAACCCAAUGGGCUCGAAAUAUAGCAUUCGAAUUCCGAAAGGACCCCAUCAACACUAAGGGGGCGAGAGAUGUAGAGGUUUUUAUCUCAACAUUGAAAAGUACCGAUGAAAUUAGGCACGCGGCGGUGCACCGUAUUCCAGUCUCGGGAAAGGAUAUCCAAAGACUUAUCGAGAACUCUAGAACCGUUAUGAGUAUGCUUGGUGACAAGAGACGGAAGCGGGAAAUUGACAGGAUCAGUGAGGUUAUGGAAACAAAUAUCGAGAUUGUCUUGAAGUUGCGGAGAGAAAAGGAGGACAAGCUGAGGGUCGAACUGGAGAAGUUGGAAGAGUGGAAGAGAAUCCUUGAACUCAGAGAGAUGAGGGCAAUCAGACAAGCUGAUCAACAAGAAGAGAAUAUAGAGAGGUCGUUCCGUGAUGAGGUUGAGCGAGCCCUGGAUUUGUUAGAAACCGAGGAAGAUGGUGCAGAUGUUGAGAGUGAUGGUAGCGAGAAGGAGCCAGAAACGGCCCGCUCAGAGCGGGUAGCAAAUUCAACCCCGGAUCAACAUGAUGAAGAGUACUUCCAUGAGUCGGAAAUUUGGCCUGCAUCUAUUGAGGUCGAUAAUAGCUAUACUGGUGCUUAG